AGCCCGAAGCCCGAAGCCCGAAGCCCGACCGAGAUGAGGCGUGGGUCCGUCACCUCCUGGCAGCCCUGGGCCCGGAGGAACUCCGCCACCAUGGCGCAGAUCGCCGGCGGCCGGUCCGAGUUCACGGCGAGCGACCUCAACGACGAGGGGCCGAGGAAGCAAGGAUGCCUGCUGACGGCCAAGACGGGAGCGCUGAUCGUCUUCCUCUUCGUCCUGGGGAUGCUCCUGGCCGGAUACCUGGGCGCCUACGUCUCGUCGCUCCCCGGCAGAGAGACUCGCGACGCCGCGGGAGGCGAGGAUGCCGUCGAGGAGGAAAAGCCUCCGAGGUUCUCCAUAUCGCCGGGCGUCGAGCCCUCGAGGUACGUCGUCGAGCUGACGCCGCUCGUCGAGAAUUUCCGGGUCACCGGGCUCGAGGGUCGAGUGACCGUCGAAUUUCGAUACAACGGCCCCGGCGCGCUGGACAAAGUGGUGCUGAACGCGAUUAACCUGACCGCCACGAAAUACGCCUUACUGGACUUGAAUCCCGUGGAGCCCGAAAACACGACGCGUCCGAGAAGACGGAGACGGGAGGCCGACUCGACGAGCGAAGCGACUCCAGGAACCAUGGAAACCUCCGCGGGAUCGGAAACGCCGGAGAACGGCCCCGCGCAGUCCGCGACAACGAGUCCGGAAAUCGUCGACGCGUCAUCGUCGGAAUUGGCGACACCGUCCAACGGCGACAUCACCGAGACACCUUUGUCCAAUAAUUCAUCGCUAUCAACCACUUUGCCCGAAUCAUCCAAUUCAUCCGGACCGUUCCAUCCUACGACGUCGAGGGACGACAGGGAACUCGGGGCCACCGGCAGGCCGGUCGGGCUGAUCCGCCACGAGACCGACGCAGCGAGCGAGACCCUCGUCCUCUAUCCGGAGCGCCCGCUCGGGCCCGGCUCCUACGCCCUGGAGAUCCGGUACGAGGCGCCGGUGCUCGGACGCGGCGUCUUCUACGGCGAGUUCGCCCUCGGCGGCAGCCCCAGGUGGACCCUGGUGAGCCGGCUGAAGCCGAUCGGCGCUCGCCGAGCGUUUCCCCUCUUCGACGACCAGAGACUGCGAGCCAACUUCUCCUUGUCCGUGACGCGCGACCGGGGGUCGACCGUCCUCUCGAACAUGCCCGUCAAGAGCACGAGGGCGUCGUCCGACGACCGGGUGACGGACACCUUCGAGGACGCGCCCCGCUUGCCGCCCCACGGCCUGGCCUUCCUCCGGACCGACCUCGAGCUGCUCGAGACCUCCUCCCUGGGAGCCUCUCGCGGGGCGAUUCGCGCCUGGGCCUUCCCCGAGACGAAGCGCAACGCGAGCUAUCUCUUCGAGAAGGCCAAGCUGGCGGUGCGAGGUUACGAGGAGCUGUUCUCGGUCGACUACCCGCUGCCGAAGCUGGACCUGGUCGGCCUGCACCGGUCCCCCGUGGCCGACAUCGGGGCUCCGGGGCUGAUCGGCAUCGAGGAGUCCCUCUUCUACGCGAACGAGCGGAGCCCCGCGACGACGAGGGAACGGGCCUUGAAGGAUCUGGCUCGACUCGUCGGGGAGCAGUGGCUCGGAGGACUCGUGGGGGCGCAAAACUGGACCGACGCGUGGAUCCUCGAGGGAUCGCUCGCCUCCGUCCAACGAAUGGUCCUCGAAAAGAUGGAUCCCGCGAUCGACGGCUCCAGUUCCUUCGUCGCCAACGUUCAGUCCGACCGGAUGGACGAGGACGCCUUUGCGGCCUCGAGACCCCUUCGGGCGAAAGUGCAUCCCGAGGACGUGGAGAUUUUCCCGGCCGAGUAUGUCUACGGGAAAGGAGCAUGCGUGUCGCGCAUGUUGCAUGGUCUGGUAGGCGACGUCGCCUUUAGGAGCGGCAUCGGCACGUUCGUUUCCAGGUGGAGCUUCGCUAGCGCGGACGUCGACGGGUUCCUCGAGGCGAUGGGAGCGGCGGCGAGGGCCCGGUUGCCGGCCGGGUGGGACUUGAAGGACGUUCUCUCGCCCUGGAUCACCGAGAGCGGAUAUCCCGUCGUUACGGUCCUGAGAAACUACGAGACCGGAUCGGCGACCGUCCGGCAGGCCAGAUUCACCUACGACGAGACGGCGAGUCCGGGCCGCUUCUGGAACGUCCCUCUUACCCACGUCGCCGACGGCGACGACUGGCGCUCCCCCGCGACGACCUGGCUCAACGACUCGGCCGAGGUCAAGCUGGACAACGUCGGUUCGCCCGAAGGACGCUCCUGGGUCGUCUUCAACGUCGACCGGAUCGGUUACUACCGCGUCAAUUACGACGACAAGAAUUGGCAACUGCUGACGGAAGCUCUGUACAACGAUCACGAGUCCAUUCCGCCGGCUACCCGGACCGCUCUCGUCGAUGACGUCUUCGGGCUUGCCCGGGCUGGAUCGACGAGCUACGAGGUCGCCUUUCGCCUGGCCAAGUAUCUCCAAAUCAAGGAACGACACCAUGCCCCGUGGCUGGUCGCGAUGAAACACGUGCGCAAGAUCGCCAACGUCCUCUACGAUUCUUCCUUUUACCCUGAUUUCCAGAAUUUCCUCCUAGAGUUCAUCUCGCCCCUGUACAACGAAGUCGGCCACGACGUCGAUUCCGGAAGUCAACUGGCGCUGGUCGCCACUCAGUGGGCGUGCAUGGUCGAGGAACCUCGGUGCAUAGAAUGGGCGAGGAAGACGUUCGUUCGAGUCAAAUCAUCCGAGAACGAGGAGGUCCCGGUGCACGUUCGCGAGACGGUGUACCGCGUCGUCGCCAAGUACGGCGCGCGAGAAGAGUGGCGGUACCUCCGGCAGAAAGCGACCGCCGCCGACCAAGACAAAGAGGAAAGGGAUCGGGUCCUUUCGUCGUUGGCAUGUUUCCAGGUUCCCAGGUUCCUUCAGACGAUCCUUUACGAGAUCAUCGGGGGCAAGACCUUUACCGAGGGCGACGUCUCGAUCAUCCUCGAGUCCUUCCCCAAAAACCCCGUAGCAUCUCAAAUGGCCCUGAAAUUCGUGAGAACGCGUUGGGACGAAAUCGCGAGCAGGUUCUCCCGAUCCCGGGCGAUCUUGCGAUCGUUCUUGGUGGCUCUGUCGAGCGGACUGACCACCCCGGGAGAUUUACAGGACUUUCAGUCCUUCAAGGAGCGGAACCGCGAAUCCCUCGAGACGGUCUGGCUCGCGGCAGCCAGGGUCGAGUCGGAAGCGUCGUCGUGGAUUUCGUGGUUGAACGAAUCCCUCCCUUCCGUGCGGACCUGGGUAGAGAACGGAAACGAUUCCGCUCUGUGAAGCUACCGGUUAAACCCUCGACGAUCUACGUUGCCGUAGACGCGCAACGUUCGGGAUCACUCGGGUCGUUCGAGGCGUGGACCACGCCGAUCGCCAGCAAUUCUACGACAAGUUUUAUUCUUCGAAUGCUUUCGUCAAGCAUGAUUAUAAAACCAAGCAACAAUCUCGCCUUACUUCGUGUACCCUUACAACGACGGUCAUUGUUAAUUAUACAUAUUUAACAAACUUUACGCUAUACAUAGGUCUCUAACGACAAUAAUCAUUGUUUCGGUUGUCGCGGUCAGCGGUUUCGGGCGCUCUCGUUUUCCCGCGGCCGACGCGACGUUAUCGUUGACUCGUACCGUAAUCGUUAUUUCUAUCGUUACACCUAGCCUUGUCGUCAUUUUUACCGUUAUUAUUGUUAUUAUCGUAACCAUAAUCGCCGCGUCCUAAAUCCCUAGGGUCGAAGCCUCUGUAAUCUACUCGACGUUACCUUUACGCCUCUUCAACCGUUAUGCCUUGGUCAGUUAUCGUUUUCCGGUGAUGGACGCGCCUUUAUCUUCGUUCCUGUGCUUCCGGGGCCCGGUUCCACCCGACUUUGAUGGCGAUCCUCGCUCCGGCCGCUUCGGCCGCAAAGAUUCGCCCGUUCGUAUAUCUUUCCGCAUUUACACGGUAUUUACAAACCCAAUAAACACACGAUGGCGUAAAUAAGGGACGUUUAUGACGAAACGCGUGGUACGUCCAUGCACACGGCUAAAUCGCCCGGCCCAUCGUCCCGAACUCGGUCGUUCCACCCGGGAUCGUCACAAAUCGACGCAUCGAAUCAAUUAUUUAGAUCACCUUGUGUUGGUUAGGAAGAACUUAGUUGCUAAUCGUCUACGUCCUAAGUGCGCGCCUUAAUCGUGCUUCGUGCCUUGAUCGUCGACGUCGCCAUCGGUUCGAGAGACUUCCGACAAGAUCAACCCCUCCUGAAAACGAAUUCUUCGCCGCUCGGACGAAGACGGUAACGCUUUCCCGGCUCGAAA